AGAAUAAAAGAAAAUGGCUUUUGAGGCUCUUUUAAAUGAAUUGGAUAGGGUAGGGGAGGAGGAAGGACAAGGACCUGGAAUAUACAGAUGCCGGGACAAUAUUGGCAACUUUAAAAUCAGAGUUAAAGUGAAAAAACUUCGUCAAGGUUCGGAGAGGGAUGAAUCUAUUCGGAGUAAAGAAUCCUCCGCUGUCGGAGAACCUCCGCAGGAGGAGGAGGAGGAAGAGGAAGAGAUAGAACUAAAUUGGCAGCAGAAGGUAUUCAGUAGAUCAGAGUUCAGACAGUACGCUAACACUGAGAAUCCUGAUGUAGAGAUUUCUACCCCUGUUCAGAGGAAAUUAAUCUGCCAGGCCAAAAUAAUGUUCAGUGACGGAUAUAUUCCAAAAAACAGAAUAUAUACAGAGGUGGAGGGGGAGAAAAAUAGGGAGGAAGAUUUUACUCCUUGUACCACCGAUACCAGGGAGGAACCUAGCUCACUUCUACUCCUGGUACAGGACGGAGUCAGACGGCGGGUUGGGUUUAGUGGAUCCUCAGCUCCCCCAACUAGGAAUAUUGUAGUGGAGGAGCCAACUAUAGAAUCUCAACUACGGAAUCAUAUUGUAGUCAGACAAACACAAACAAUGUACAUAAAGCUGGAUAUAGGAACGCCGGAGGAGAUUAUAAUUUGUACAGUUUUAUACUCUUCCCAAGGAGAGCUGACCGUAUCCCCAGAUUUCACCUGGAACAGUCGACCCUACUCACUAGAGCUGGAGGGGUCAACUUGGCAACUAUGGAUCCAACAUGCAUCAAAGACAAUGAGCUAUGAGGAAAGCCUAAAGGAAAAAAUGAUGCUGAAUGAAGUUUACGCCAGACAAGCUCAGAUACAACAAGCUCAGGUUGGAGAUGAUUUUGAGAUGCCCCCUGCUGGAGUGCUUCGUCUCCAUCUUGCAGCAGAGAUCUCAACGGCAGAGUACUUUGAGUACAACAACCUCAGAAUUAAUUAUAUAAUCACACUACCCCCAGGUUGGAGUACAGCUGAGGAGAAUGAUCUGUACGGUGUGACCCAACUGUGCCGAACAACUUGUGGUGACCAGGGGCAGGAUAUAGCAUACUUCUCCUUUCCUAUUCAGGCUGAUUUGUUCUUUAACCUGAAUCAGCUUGAAUUGAUCGGAGCUGAUAUACCUAGCUGGCCCCAACUCCUGAUAGAGGUAGUUUCAGAAGACUACUGGGAGAGAAGUAGGAUAGAAGGAUACGGUCAUCUUGGUUUUCCCAUGCUACCUGGAUAUCAUGCUAGGUCUAUACAGACCUGGAUACCAAUAUCAGGGGACCCUGCCUGGGACAUGCGUAGAUAUUUUAUCGGUGGGACACAGGAGCUUAUGGACAUUCAAGAAUGCGGGAAUCCUACCUCAGGUUCUGUAAAGAGUAGACUAGGUCUCGGAACUAGAUCAAGUGGAACUGUGACGGUCAACUUCAACAUUAUUCAUCAAGCAAAAGCUUUCAUGCUCAGGAACCAUGGGGAUUUGAGAAAAUCUACGAAAACAUUGAUGCUGGACAGAUUAAGCUCUGCCACCCUGUUCUCCAGAGUUAACACUGUUCUAGAAGCUUUCCGUAGAGCCAGAGAUAAACUUGAAAAAGCAACAGAACAGCUGGAGUGAUCUGAAGUAGAAGAUUAUUUGAAACUUUAUAUAUUUAAAAAGAAUAAAAAAGAAAAGAUUGUUUUUAGAAUAAAUCAUGGAGUUAUUAGA